AUGGCGACGCUCCUGGAGCCCGGGGUGCAGGGUCACAGGAUGGGUGCCAACGGCGAGCGGUGCCUGACGCCGUCCCCUCCCGGCUCCCCGGGGACACCCCACGACAGCUGCAGCAUCGCCCCGCUGACGCCCUCCCAGUCACCGAGGAGCGAGGCUCGCUCCCAGCAAACCGCCUCCUUCGCCGUGGUGGUGGCCAUCGACUUCGGCACCACCUCCAGCGGCUACGCCUUCAGCUUCUCCAGCGACCCCGAGGCCAUCCACAUGAUGAGGAAAUGGGAAGGAGGGGACCCGGGGGUCGCCAACCAGAAGACCCCCACCAGCCUCCUGCUGACACCGGAGGGCACCUUCCACAGCUUCGGCUACACCGCCAGGGACUACUACCACGACUUGGACCCCGAGGAAGCCCGCGACUGGUUCUACUUCGAGAAGUUUAAGAUGAAGAUUCACAGCACCAGCGACCUGACCAUGAAAACCGAACUAGAAGCUGUCAACGGGAAGAAAAUGCAAGCGCUGGAGGUGUUUGCCCACGCGCUCCGCUUCUUCAAGCAGCAGGCCGUGCAGGAGCUGAGGGACCAGUGCCCAUCCCUGCCGGCGCGGGAUGCCAUCCGCUGGGUGAUCACCGUCCCCGCCAUCUGGAAGCAGCCGGCCAAGCAGUUCAUGCGGGAGGCUGCCUACAAGGCCGGGCUGGUGUCCCCGGAGAACCCCGAGCAGCUGCUGAUCGCGCUGGAGCCCGAAGCCGCCUCCAUUUAUUGCAGGAAACUUCGCCUCCACCAACUGAUCGACCUGAGCUGCAAACCCCCGGCCAACGGGCUGGCGCCCGACCACCCCAUCGACUCCAGCUUUCGGCAGGCCCGAGAGCAGCUCCGCCGCCCCCGCCACAGCCGCACCUUCCUGGUGGAGUCGGGAGUCGGGGAGCUCUGGUCGGAAAUGCAGGCAGGUGACCGCUACAUCGUGGCGGACUGCGGCGGCGGCACGGUGGGGGGGUCUGGGCACACGGUGAUGGGGAGCACGGGGACGUGCGUGCCGUGGGGACGCUGCCUGACCCGGGCCCCCCCCUGCUCCCCAGGGGGUCCCUACGGGGCCGUGGGGGUGGACCUGGCCUUCGAGAAGCUGCUGUGCCACAUUUUCGGGGAGGAUUUCAUCGCCACCUUCAAGGCCAAGCGCCCCGCCGCCUGGGUGGACCUGACCAUCGCCUUCGAGGCUCGCAAGCGGGCGGCAGCCCCCUCCCGCGCCAGCCCCCUCAACAUCUCCCUGCCCUUCUCCUUCAUCGACUUCUACCGCAAGCACCGGGGCCAGAACGUGGAGACGGCCCUCAAGAAGAGCAACGUCAACUUUGUGAAGUGGUCGUCCCAGGGGAUGCUGCGGAUGUCCUCGGAGGCCAUGAGCGAGCUCUUCCAGCCCACCAUCAGCCAGAUCAUCAAACACAUCGGCGACCUCCUGAAGAAGCCGGAGGUCCAAGGCAUCAAGUUCCUCUUCCUGGUGGGGGGCUUCGCCGAGUCGGCCAUGCUGCAGCGCGCCGUCCAGGCGGCCUUCGGCUCCGCCUGCCGUGUCAUCAUCCCCCAAGACGUGGGGCUGACCAUCCUCAAAGGGGCCGUGCUCUUCGGCCUCGACCCCACCAUCGUCCGCGUCCGCCGCUCCCCCCUGACCUACGGCGUGGGGGUGCUCAACAAAUUCGUGGAGGGGAAGCACCCGCGGGAGAAGCUGUUGGUGAAGGAGGGCAAGAACUGGUGCACCGACAUCUUUGAGAAGUUCGUCUCUGUCGAUCAGUCCGUGGCGCUGGGGGAGGUGGUCCAGCGCAGCUACUGCCCGGCCCGGCCGGGCCAGCGCAAGACCAUCAUCAACAUCUACUGCUGCGCCACUGACGACGUGAUCUACAUCACCGACCCCGGUGUGCGCAAGUGCGGCACCAUCAGCCUGGAGCUGGACGCCCUGGGCGAUGCCGGCGGCCCGGCCCGCGGCCGCCGCGAGAUCCGCGCCAGCAUGCAGUUCGGGGACACGGAGAUCAAGGUCACCGCCAUGGACAUCCGCACUGCCAAGACGGUCCGAGCCACCAUCGAUUUCCUCUCCAACUGA